AUGAAGGCGUCGACCCGGGCGCGCUUCGAUGAGUUGUGGCGGCUGCUAUCGUCGCCAGGACAGGACGACCUUGGGGAUCCUCCAAGCACGAGCAUUUUUGAAGGAGACGCCCGCGCAUUGAUGAAGGCCGGAGUGCUCGUGCCGGCCUCUUCGCGUCCUACUCGAGGAUGGGUCGUUCCGCUCUCCGUUGCGGAGGAGAAGCCAGCCGGGAAGCGGCGACGGUUCAUCGCUUGGCCCAAGGCAAAGAACGGCGAAGGCCCCUACGAGGCGGAUGUGCCGCUGGGGCACGUCACGGGGUACCUGGAGGCAGUUUGGGAGGAGUGCGCCUCCAACCUCGAUCUGAAGGCCUCCUUCUACCAGGUUCCGCUGCCUGAGGAGGCGCGCGCGGCGUAUCUCCGUCUGGAGGCGUUCCGGGAGCACUUGCCGGCGCGCUUGCGGGUGCUGAUCGACAAUACGUCGGUUUUGGGGGCAGUGAGGCGUGGCGUCUCGAAGUUGGGUGCCCUCUCGGUGGAGCUGCAGGGAGUGGAUAGGCUGCUGCAAGAGGCAGGUAUUCACGCGGUUGAUCGGUACAUUCGCUCGGAGAACAAUGUGGCCGAUCUACCAUCCCGCGCGCGCGACAUCCCACACUCGGCUUUAUCGAAGGGGUAUCACUUGCGAGGGGGAGACAGGGAUCCAUGGAAUCUCCGGAAGGAUCCAUGA